GUUCUAGCAUUCCUAGCACUGUCAGUAGGACUGGUGUCGUCAGCACAGGAGCUGUAUCUCAGCCAGAUGUCCCAGGACUCUGUCUCCAUGGCAGCUGCCCACAGCAGCCCCCUCCCAUCCUCAAAGCCCACCCCCCUGGACUGGCAUCAGGAAGGCUCCAGCAGCGGGGAAUUGUCAUCCAAAGACACCAAGCAGUCAAACAACAUCCUUCCUACUGUGACCAUCCCUUCUUUUGCUUUGCUACACGCCAGCCGCUCUUCCAUCAUGGCCCGUGAGGAUUCCUCCAUUCAUGACACAAAUAGUGUCACCCCAAACACUGUGAGCCCUGACAGCCAUGUAACUCAACCCCAGGUGCCCAGUUUGGGUGAUGUAAAUGAAGGCCUCAUUCACAAAGUAGUCAGGGUACCGCAACACCGUAACCCAGCAACCGUUAGCACUAACCAGGCCAGCGGCAGCACUAAAUUUUCCAGAGUAGAAAACGCUGCUCAAGGGGCUCCAAACCCUUUGGCUGCAGCCUCCAACUCUGAAUCAGACAGAGGGGAUGUACUGGAUGCACAUCACAAAAAGCCUCCGAGGCUGACCGUGGAGGAGCCCAGCGGCCGCCGGCAGCCGCCGGGCUCCUCUCUGACCGCCCUCUCCUCGUCCUCAGAGGGGGCCGCGGCAGCACGGGGCUUGAAACUCAGGGAGCAUGCUAAUAAAUCCCCAGAGCUACCCAUGCACCACACCAUCACCCUGCGGGAAGCUCAGGCUGUAGAUGAAACCCCAACUGCUCAGUUGAUGGUAGAGUCAAAGAACGGAGCCGUUACCCCGGUUGAGACCCCCACCGCCCCCGCCACAGCCCUGUCCACCGACCCGGGCCCGAGGUCCCACGGUCCCACAGCCAUGCCCGUCAACCACACAGCAGCCAUCACUGAGGAGGCUCAGACUGUUGGAGGUAACCACACAGACGGUCCUCCUGUAGAGCACCAGCUUGGUAAUGCCACUGUUCCUGCGGGGUCCAACAGCAGCUCAGGCCAGGAAGUGCCUGCCGGGGGGCCCGGCUCCGAGCCCCCCUCCACAGCCGGCGGGAACUUCCUCAAUAGGCAGGUUCCGGCCACAACCAAUGACCCCUGGAUCACUGGGAACAGCUCAGGCUCCACUGUCGACUCCCCACCAUCCCGCAUGACCAUCUGCCUGAGCAGGAUGGACAUUGUGUGGAUCGUGCUGGCUAUCAGUGUGCCUGUGUCCACCUGUUCUGUGCUUCUGACUGUGUGUUGUAUGAGGAGAAGGAAGAAAUCGUCAAGUCAGGAGAACAACCUGAGCUACUGGAACAAUGCCAUCACCAUGGAUUACUUCAGCAGGCACGCGGUGGAGCUACCCAGAGAGAUCCACACUCUGGAGAGUGAGGAGCAUGAGACCUGUCUCCCCCCUAACGGAGACUACAGCGGCAGCAGCGUGGUCCUGGUCAACCCGUUCUGCCAGGAGACCCUCUUCAUCAACAGAGACAAAGCUUCUGCCAUAUAGAGACAGGCCUUCGUCUUCUCCCCCUGCUACUGCUGUCCAUUUUGUAUAUGUGGUAAAUAUUCAGAGACUUUGACUUUAUACUGUAUAUGACAAAAAUAAAGAGCAGCCAGCGAGAAGAGCGAUGUAAACAAGACACUAUUUACUAUGAGGAAGUACUUGCAUAUUUUUCUGAUGUAGAUUUUCUACGAAAGGCCUAAUUGUGAUAAAGGUUUCUAUUGUCUUUAUAUAAUACAGAGUAUAUGUGGUUUGUUGCAUCACCGUGGCUUGAUGGUAGGUUAACUGUGGCUGUUGCCACUUGAUAUCUGCUUUAGAAAGAGGAAAGUGUGAUAUGAGACCCUUAAAGUUCUUUUUUUCUUUUGAAAUCAAUCCCAAAAUAUUUUUCACCUGUUGAACUUGAAUUUAGCACCUGAGUAUUUUAUUGGUGGUGGGGGGGGAAUAGAGAUGUGUGUGCAUAACAAAAAACAUUUUUAAAAUCAGGCCCUGUUUUUAUCAAACUUGUUGAAGAUACGUAGAGGUUUUAGUGGUAAAAGUUGUAAAGUAAACAUAAAAACUAAUAUUUCAGGGCUGAAGAGCAACUGAACUGUGAGUAGAAAAAGCCAAUCAAAGCUAAUUUUACUGUUUAGUUUUUACAUGAGCCAUUCAUUUAGUUUCCUUAGUAAAUUCUGAAUCUUUUAAUUAUUUUUUUAUUAACAAUUUCUUCAAGCAAAAUUCCAUAGUAGAAAGAUGUCUUGGAUACGCCCAGAUGCUUUACAUGAUAAUCAGGGAAUAAAGAACUGAAUCAAUUAUCAAUUUAAAUGGAUAACAGGAUUAAAACACAGAAAACCGAAUAAAAUAGGAGAAAAUAAUCUGCUGCUUAUAAAAACAAUAACCAAUAAAAGUAAGGUGUGUUCAUUUGAAAUAAUUGCGUUUACUCUGAAUAAUAUACAGCCGGAAAAGGUUUAAUAAAUUCUAUAAACUAUAUGCAAAAUGAGUUUGAAAGUUAGAUAAAUACAGGUCCAGAUUUUAAGGAUCAUUUUGAGCUGAAUAUUUUGGAGGUUUUGAUUGAAAUGAUGCUGUAUUAAAAUGAUUUUCCCCCCUAAUGUGUCACCAGCUUCUCUGAAGAGGGACCACAAAGAUGUCUUAAUUUCUUUUGUUGGUCCUUUAUAUAAAAAUGGAUGUGUGAUUGUGUGUGAGACAGUGAGUGCCCUGUUUGUGCAUGACCAGACGAGCUGAGGUGUGCUGCCCCCUUAACCAAAUAUCAAGGUUGCAUCAAGUCAGAAUAUUUGUAUCACUUUCAGCUCAGUUCGAUCAGUUUGUCCUUGUGUGUGUGUUCUCGUGUGUGCCUCUUAAUGUGUGUCUGUCACUGUGUCAUGGAGUGACAGCUGUUUGUGUCCCCGUGUGAUUUUUUCACCACUGCGGGAAACAAUUUCAUAUUUAAGUGUCUGGCUCCAUAACUAAAGUCUCUGUUUUCUAAAUGUGUAUGUUGAAUGAUUGUGAACUAGUCGCUGGAGUACAUGCUACGUGUUAGUCCAUGUUGACCAAUAAAACACUGAAACAAAUAACCUGUGCUGAAUACUUACUGUGAGCACAUACAGAGGUGGUUUCAUUUAAAGAAGCACAUCUGAAUGUUCUGUUUCGUUGUUGCACCUGUGCUCCUUCUGUCAUCUGUUUCACUUUGCACCGCUGCAGUUUUAUUCUGUAAUUACCGUAAUGCUGCCUGCCUCUUUUGUCGCUAAAGGUUUCCUGUUUUGUGAAAAGUCCUAAAAUCCCUGAGUCAAAAGGUGAUGCUGAAUAACACAAAACAAAAUCAUGCCUCCUGCACUGGAUGCUCACAGCUGGGCUUGUUUUUUUGCACGCUCAAACCGUGGAUAUUUUACAAAAUGUUCAGUGGCACGGUGAAGCAGUGUUCAACAUGAUGUAUUUUUUUGUACUGUAGUAUAUACACUGUACUUUUUACAGCUGAGCAAUAAAACUAAACAAAAAAAGGAA